GUGGUCGUGGGUCGCACCACGGCCAAUAACUGCCGUAAACCACUUUCCUUUCUACUGCUAGUAUUCUGGUGUUCCAACAUGUUCCUACUCGUGCCCCUCCUAGCACUCAUUGGCACUGAUGCCAUCCACGGCAAAGUCAUCAACUCUUUGAUAGGUCCUUACAUUACAUACGGCGAACGCUUUUACACGUGUGAGCCAGUCAACCCCACGCUUCCCUGGAAAUGGUAUAUACGUCAUUCUCACUUCAACCCACGUAAACCAAAAGAGCUUCAACGCCUUACGGGCAAUGUGACGGGUUCAACUUAUAGUUAUGAUGACAGCUGCUGGGGCAAAGCAGUUGUGGAUGUUCGGUCAAACAACCAAUGGAAGGAAAACGCCUUUGUCUUUGACUUUAAAAACAACCCAUGUCGAGCUUUCAGAGAAAAUAUGCCUGGAAUUUUCAAUUUCCUUUAUAAGCAGGGAGGAGUUGAAGGCACGUGCAAAUUCAAACCUGAGAUUUACCUGUUGAAUGACACACCAAUGGACUGGACCUUUCCAAAUAUUCCAGUUUUGCCUUAUGGACACUAUAGGGUCAGAGUCUCGGCUGGCAAAGCUGAAAUUGUAUUCUGCUGCUUGGCGGCAGAUGUUCGGGUUAUUCCGAAACUCGAGUAGCUCUACAAUGAUUGCGGCUAUUAUAUUGCAGUGCCCAUUACAAGCCUUGCCGUGGAAUCCAAAUAUGUAAUGAAAAAUUGACAGAACAACUUGGUAUUCUGUCGUACGAACAGACGAUCGAACGGCGAGCCGCCAUGAAAUAAAAUUU